AUGGAGGAACAGAGAGAGAAAAGUAGGUCUGUCGGUGACUGUAGAGAGCCCAUGAAGGAAGCUGGUUUAUCUUCUAAAGUUCAAACCCUAGUUGGUGAGGAUGACAACACGGUAAAGGUUUCGAAUUUAGGUGUUUCUGAUGUUAGUGAGGCUGAUGCGAGCUUAAAAGCGGCAAAUGGCAAAGUGGGUGAUUCGGUAUCUGUUGUUGGAAGUGUUGAGGAUGUUGUUGAGACUAAGGAUAACGUUGAGGAGAGCAAUGUGGUUAGCUCUGUUAGUGGUGAGGUUGAGACUAAGGUCAACGCUGAGAAGACAGUUAGCUCCGAUGAUGUUGAAAGGGCUGUUGCUAUCACAGAGCGUGAAACUGAGAGAAACGGCAUGGACGUAGAUGCUGGAGCUGUUGUGGUAAAGCCAGUAGAGGGCUCUAAGCUUUGUAAGGAUGUGCAGAGAGUCAGUGAAAUGAAGAAAGGAGAAAACUUGGAACUCUUCCCAACUGAUCUCAUCACCGAGAUGUUCUCCAGAUUGCCGGCCAAGUCAGCUGCUAGGUUUCGUAUCCUCUCCAAGCAAUGGGAAUCCAUACUUAGCAGUCCAGAUUUCAAAGAGCUGUUUCUGGCCAAGUCUCGGGCUCGUCCACGUCUCCUAUUUGCGGUCUUUCGAUACGGCCAGUGGAGCUUCUUCUCAUCGCCACAGCCUCAGUAUUCAUCUGACAAGCCUCUUGUACUAGCCGCUGAUUUCCAUACCAAGUUCUCUGGAGACGCAAGCAGAUACCCUUGUAGCUAUGCUUCUGGUUUGCUCUUUUUCCCGGACAUGUUCAUCCCAGGAGAGGGAAGGUAUUCACUGCCUGUGCUACGUAGCCCUGUAACGGGACAGUACAAGAGCUUGCCUUAUGUGAGCGUUGGCAGACACUGUAGAAGCUUCUUAGGGUUUGAUCCGAUUGAGAAGCAAUUCAAGGUAUUGACUGAGGGUGAUCGAUUUGCUAGAGAAAAGAAUCGUCAUCAGGUCCUGACAUUAGAAACUGGAGAGCUGAGUUGGAGGAGCAAGCCCGAUUGUCCCAGAUACAGUGGUUGUCUGUGUGAAGCUACAUGCAUCGAUGGUGUUCUUUACUUCUUAGCUGACCACGUUCUUGAUCUGCCUCGUGCUCUAGUUUGCUUUGAUGUCAGGACUGAGGAAUUCAAGUUUGUUGCUGCAGAAUGCUUUACUGAUCCAACUGCUACUAAGUUGGUAAGCUACAAGGGUAAAUUGGGUGGUGUGAACUGCAAGUAUGUUAAAGUUGAUGGAAGGCAUAGCCUUGAGUUGUGCAUGUGGGUUCUUGAGGAUGUGGAGCAACAGGAGUGGUCGCACCAUGUGUACACUUUCUGGGAUGAUAAAUUGGGUUAUCCUUGCAAUGCUUCUGUCGCUGGAGUGACUUCUAAUGGUGAAAUUGUGCUGUCGUUGGGGUAUACAUGCAAGCCUUUCUAUGUUUUCUACUUCAGUCCCGAGAGGAACACUCUCCAAAGCGUUGAAAUCCAAGGCUUUGGAGCGAAAUUUGAAGCGGUUGGGACGCGUGGUAGAGUUCAUGCCUUUCUUGAUCAUGUGGAGGAUCUUAGUGUUUACGAUGCAGUCGCAAAGCACCUGAAGUCAAGCGUUUCUCCACCAUCCACCUGUGAAGAAGAAGAAGAUGAGCCUAGUUGUCAUUAG